GUACACUCCUCAGCCAACUUCCUCACCUGACCCUAAGCACUCUAGUUACAGUCCCGCUUGGAGAAAUGCAAUUUGUUGUUGAAAUGUGAGAAAUUUUCCUUGCUUGGGCAGACCGUACAAACACAAGUCAAAUGAGCAACAGCACGUAAAACUAAUUUAUCUAAUACUAAAAAUCACAACACCAGGUUAUAGUCCAACAGGUUUAUUUGGAAGCACUAGCUGUCGGACCUGGUGUUGUGUGAUUUUAUUAACUUCGUCCACCCCAGUAUCUCCAAAUCAUUAUCUAAUGCUAUGAGUUUGGGAUUAAAUUUCACAUUAACAACCCACGUUGGUGAAAUAAAAAUGCUACUUUGGAACACGCUUAUCGUUGGAAAAACGAUGGAUGAAAUACCUGAAACGUCUCCGCUUCUGAAGAACUCGCUGGCCCCGGGGAGCAGCCGAUCCGCCGGCACUUCCCUGGAGCACCAUGAAACCUUUUCAACCAAAUUACAUGGCAGUCUGAAACGUAUGGACCCUGUCCUAGAACAACUGGAGCCUGGGCAUUGCCAUUCCAGCCAAUCCUCUGGAGAUCAUAAGGAAGUGGAUAAAGAGAAUGCCCGUAGGAGGCUAUAUCUAGCUUCUGCUGUUUGCUUGAUCUUUAUAAUUAGUGAAGUAAUAGGGGGAUACUUGGCGCAGAGUCUGGCUAUCAUGACCGAUGCUGCUCAUCUCUUGACGGACUUUGCCACCAUGCUUGUCAGCUUGUUUUCACUGUGGAUUUCUUCUCGGCCUGCAACUAAAACCAUGAACUUUGGCUGGCAUCGCUCAGAGAUUCUAGGAGCUCUGGUCUCUGUGUUUUCCAUCUGGGUGGUGACAGGUGUACUUGUCUAUCUGGCGAUUGAGCGACUCAUUUCUGGGCAGUACGACAUUAAAGGUGGUGCCAUGGUGAUCACCUCAGGAGGUGCUGUCGCAGUAAAUAUUUUAAUGGGCAUCAUUCUUCAUCAGUCUGGUCACAACCACAGUCCUGGCAGCACAGGAGAGGUCAGAUCACAUGAUAUCGAAUCCAAUGCCAAUAGCCACAUGAACCCCAGUGUACGAGCUGCCUUCAUCCACGUUGUAGGAGACCUGUUACAAAGCAUCAGUGUCCUAAUUGCUGCCUAUAUCAUCUACUUCAAGCCUGAAUAUAAAAUAGUGGAUCCAAUCUGCACUUUCCUCUUUUCCAUUCUUGUUCUGGGGGCCACCAUCUCCAUUCUGAGGGACGUUCUCUGCAUAUUAAUGGAAGGAAUUCCAAAAGGAAUGGAUUUUAAUCAGGUUAAAGAGUCUCUCCUAUUAAUUGAUGGGGUGAAAGCGAUGCACAGCCUCCACAUCUGGGCACUGACCAUCAACCAACCACUGUUGUCAGUCCACAUUGCCAUCAAUGAGGAUGCAAAUGCUCGGGAAAUAUUGGCUGAAGCUAACCACAUGCUCCACCACAAGUUUGACUUCCAUUCCAUCACUAUCCAAAUAGAAAAUUAUUCUGAUGAUAUGGUCAAUUGUAAGGAAUGCCAGGAGCCCAGAGAUUAGUUCCCAUCAGUGCAAGGAGUUUCUCUAAUCUGUAUGUCUGAGAGAGGCAUGAUUUGAGUUCAUUUCUUGGGGAAUCACAUCUGGAAUGAGUUGUGUACAAGAGGAAAGAUAAUGUGUGAAGUUACCUUACUGCUGUCUCAACCAGAGCCCAGCCAUUGUGUUGACUGGUUUGUGGUGUCCUUUAGUACAAUGUAAGAUUAAGGCUUUUAAGACAUUUUUGUGUAGUUACAAAAUGAAACUUGACCAUAAAUGUAUCAAUUGGAUAUUCAUCUCCCACCAGCAAUAUUGUUUGCUGGAUGUAUCAAUGUCUUCGAGGAGAAUGGUUGGGAGAGAGAACUUCAUCUUUGAAUUGAGAUAAUCAAUUUUCUUGAAUGUAAUUUUAAAAAGAUUGGUCUGACCUUUAUUCCUGGUGCUGGGAAACCAAUAUUGACAAUUUUGUUAAAAUAAGUUUAUUGUUUAAUGUUUCUGGAAUUGUCUAUAUCCAUGUUCUUCAUAUUUAUGAAACAAUA